UUGGCUUUUCGCAGCGCGUGCGAGACGAAUGGAUUGAUGUCAGGCAGUUUAUUUGACUUGAAAACAUUCAAUCUGUAAAAUGGGAGUACCAGCAUUUUUUCGAUGGUUGAGCAGAAAGUCUCCUGCCAUAGUUAUCCACUGUGUCGAAGAAAAGCUACACGAUGUUGAUGGAAAUAGUCUACCAAUUGAUUCCAGCAAGCCCAAUCCGAAUGAUAUUGAGUUUGACAAUUUAUACUUGGACAUGAAUGGCAUCAUUCAUCCUUGCUGUCACCCGGAGAAUAAGCCUGCUCCCAAGAAUGAAGAUGAAAUGAUGGUGUUAAUAUUUGAGUACAUCGACAGGCUGUUUAGAAUUGUAAGACCUAGGAAAUUGCUGUAUAUGGCAAUUGAUGGAGUGGCUCCAAGGGCAAAAAUGAACCAGCAGCGUUCAAGGCGAUUUAGAGCAUCAAAGGAAACUGCUGAGAAGAUGGUAGAGGUGAAGAAGAUAAGAGAUGAUCUUCGUUCUAAAGGAGCUUCGCUGCCACCCGAAAAGCAAGAUACGGAACAUUUUGACAGCAACUGCAUUACUCCGGGAACUCCAUUUAUGGAUCGACUAGCCACCUGUCUGCGCUACUACAUCUAUGAGCGUCUGAACACAGAUGCUGGCUGGAAGGACAUUGAAGUGAUCCUGUCAGAUGCUAAUGCCCCAGGAGAGGGCGAACACAAAAUAAUGGACUACAUACGAAGGCAACGAGCGAAUCCUGAUCAUGAUCCGAAUACAAAACACUGUCUCUGUGGAGCUGACGCACGAUGAGUUGUCGAAGCCAGUCGGAGCCGAGACGGAGUUUAUCUUUAUCAGAUUGCCAGUGCUGAAGGAAUAUCUCCAACGGGAGUUACGCAUGGAUAACCUUCCCUUCCCGUACGACUUUGAGAGAGCUAUCGACGACUGGGUUUUCAUGUGUUUCUUUGUUGGCAAUGACUUCUUACCACACCUUCCUUCGCUGGAAAUUAGAGAAGGCGCAAUUGACAAACUAGUCAACUUGUAUAAGAAAUGUGUCUACAAAACAGGUGGUUACAUCACAGACAGUGGUAGUGUGAGCCAGGAACGCAUACAGAUGAUUUUGUCAGAGCUAGGUGAAAUGGAAGAUCUCACAUUCCAACAAAGGCAACUGAAAGAGCUCGAAUUUCGACGCAGAGAUAAGGAUAAAAAGAAAAGGAUGAGAAUGGAGAAGGGGAGAAUUGAGAAACCAUCUUUCAUGAUGGGCGGUCAGUACGCACCACAGGCGCCAGGCAGGGGUGGUACGAUCCACAAUCCUAGACAGACUGCAACGGAUAUGCGCUCUAACGACCCGCAGAACGCAGCGAAUAAGAACGCUGCCGCGGAGCUGCGUGCCAUGCUCACUCCUGCGGGUGAAGGGGCGCAAAAAGGCACGAAGCGUUCCCAUGAAGAUGACGAGGAGGAGGAGCCUGAGCCUGUCGAUGAUGUCAGGUUAUAUGAAGAUGGCUGGAAAGAUAGAUACUAUCAAUCAAAGUUUGAUGUCAGCCCAGCUAACAUUGAAUUCAGACACGAAGUGGCGGCAGCAUAUGUCAGGGGUCUGAUGUGGGUGCUGCGCUACUACUACCAGGGCUGUGCAAGCUGGACGUGGUAUUUUCCCUAUCACUACGCACCUUUCGCGUCGGAUUUCCUCAACGUUGGCGACUUGAAGAUCGAGUUUGAGACGGAUACUCAGCCUUUCAACCCUAUGGAGCAGUUGAUGGGGGUGUUUCCAGCGGCUAGUAAGCAGCACCUUCCCGUCACGUUCAGAAGGCUCAUGUUCGCCCCUGAGUCACCCAUCAUCGACUUCUACCCAGAAAACUUCUACGUGGAUCUGAAUGGCAAGAAGUAUGCCUGGCAAGGUGUCGCAUUGCUGCCAUUCGUGGAUGAGAAACGAUUACUGAAAGCUCUGGUUGAUGUUUAUCCUGAUCUCACUGAGGACGAAAAGAGAAGAAACACUAGAGGAAACGACAUUCUGUUCGUCGGAAAGGACCACCCCGCUCAUGACUUCCUGGAGGGAAUCACAGAGGGCUCCGGGGUUACAGACUGGGUUCCGAUCGACACCAAGCUAACGAGUGGGAUGGGUGGCAUAAUCUUCACCGAUCAACUUGCUAUAUGCAAUGGCGGAACGGUGGUUUCACCUCUGCCAGCAGAAGAUUGCCCCGAUUUGCCCAACAAUACAGCCAUAAGUGUGAAGUUCAAAGAUCCAGAGUAUCCUGCAGGUUUCAUAUUCCCAGCAAAGGUGCUACCUGGUGCCAAACCUCCAGCACCGUCAUUGAAACCUGGGGAUUUCAGGGGAGCAAAUUACAGGCCAAUAACAGGUUUCCAACGGUCUAACCGCGGUGCACAUUUAGAUCAAUCUGGGCACCGAGCACUUAGGCAUACAAUGGGUGGUGGCAGGGGACAGUUUGCAGCUGUCCCCCCGCCAGUCCGCAACGAUCAGUCUUACGGUCGCUCUGGUGGCUACGGACAGGGAGGCGCCGAUCGAUAUCAGGGACGAAACUACAACCAAGGGGCAAAUAAUUACGGAAACCAGUGGGAUCGAGGAAGCUCUAGCAGCAACCCGCAGGGCGGGCCCAGAUCUUUAAUGGGCACGGCCCCGUCCCUGAUGGGCAUGCCGAGUCAUCCUGCAGGAAUGGUGCCACCCAGAUACCAGACAAACCAAGACACGCGCUGGCAACAGGACUCUUCCUGGGACAGGGGAUCGCAGGGAGGACACAGGGGAGGUGGACAUCACUCAUCGUACAGCAGGGAUUCUAACAACGGUGGCAGUGCGGACAGAAAUCGCAGAGAUGGACAGGGAUUUCUUUGGGUCUUGCUGUUGUGA